CGUCGUACGUUCUUUGUGAUCUGCUAGUCGUUGAAGGCCAUCGUUCCGUAAAAAUUUGAGUUGCCAUACGAUUUUCGCAGUCUUGUAAACAAAUUUUGCUGUUUUGUUUGCGCGCAGAAUAGCAUGAUAUAUCCUGUUUACGCUUUGGCGUCAUUGUGGCCCAUGCGUGUGGCUGGAGUGUAGGUUUAGAGUUAGUGAUUCAUUCGUGGCCUAACCAUGCUUAGUCUGGAUUAAUUUUAUUCACUUGGGUACUUGAAUAAUACGGCAAUGCCGCCACGUCACGAUCCAAAAUAGCCAGUGCUUAGCUUUUGCAGCGAGCGGAUCAGCUGAUGCCGGUUUAUAAACUGAACAAAAGAGCUUUGCAACUAGAAAGGGAUUUCGUGAAUAAACGGCAGAUAGAGUGUUUAUAGCGUUACUGAUAUCUGGUGUGGACAUUAGCUAGAGUUGCCUUUCGUGCAAGUUGUAGCUUUCUCUGUUUUAGAUUUAUAUAUUCUAGAACUUUUCCAAUCCAAGACCGAUGAAAUAUUAUGAUUUUAAAAUAAAUCAAGAUGUAAAUGAGUAUUGUUCAAAAUAUGCCAGGAAGUCACAUUGAAAUAAAAGUAUUUGCAAAUAAGGACUAAAAAUAGGAAACCAGACUUAAAUUUACUACUGGCGACGUUGUAGAAACGGAUGGUUUAUAAAUGUUGAAGUUAACUUUUAUUUUUAAUCAGACUGAUCUAUGGAGAAAUUUGUCAGCUAAACGGCAAACUGUACGAGAGAAUAACAACUAGCUUUUUUCAAAUUUUUGUCUGACAUAGUUGGUAGGAAUGAACCUUUGAUUUGGGGUCGCUAUAACUACACAGACCGAUUGUUGUUUUCUGCUCGCAUAAUCAUAAUAUCUAAUUUUCGAAUUUCAGUAUUUUCUUUUGGUUGGAGCGUUGAACCUUAUAUAUAUAUAUGACUGUAAAAUAUAUUGGCCGACACGGUGAGCCCAUCAUAAAGAGGUCGAAGUAGAUGCUUCAACGUGUAGAGGGGUCCUUGUGGAUGGAUAUCCGGAGACCUGGUAAUUAUUACCGGAGUCCCAAAAACUGCAAUAAAACGUAAUAAUUUGCGGAAUAUAAAAUAUACAACAAUUUGGAUAUGGAGCCUACUACAUCUACGAGCAAUAAAGCAAGUUGGGCAACUCAAGCCAAAUGCAUUAUUUAUGGAUAUUGUAUGUUCCUGACAACAUUUUCUCUAAUCAAAACAACAGGCGUGUUUUUCAUUCACCUUCAAAAUGAUUUCGGGGCUUCUGCUGCCCAGGCAUCUUUCACUAUCAGUUUACCCAGUGCGGUCGUUUUUAUGGGAGGUCCUGCCUACGGAGCUGUUUUCAAUUCUGCCGGCAUUAAACCAACUUUUGCAUUAGCUGGAAUUUUAAUGUUUAUCGGGUUUGGAAGCUGCUUCUUUGCAUCAAACUUAUUUUUUACACAAAUUUUCAUGUGCAUUGCAGGUAUUGGGGCAGGUUUGUCAAAUGUGGCAACACUCACUUUGUUGGGGCGGGCAUUCUAUACAAGCCGCCCAGUAGCACUUGGCGCUCUUGCUAUGGGCGGGGCAACAGCCGUAGCGGUGGGUGGACCAGCUUUACAGUUGUGCAUAGACUCGUACACGUGGCGUGGGGCGUUAUUGAUUCUUGGCGCAUAUUGUCUUCACGGUGUUGUAAUCGGAUUAGCUUUGGAACCUGUUUAUUUGGAGAUUGUUAGAAAAAGAGAGACAGCGCUAAUUUUGAGAGUCCUCAAAUCUCCCGCCAGAGAAAGGAACUACGAAAUUGAAGAUUCUUGUUCAAAUGACCGCUCAUCUAGAUCAAGCACAGAUGAAGUGUUUGGAGAGGAAAAUAUUGUAUUUGAAGAGCAACAACGAACUUCGACACCGUUUGUUAGUCCUCGUACACGACGACUUCAGCGACGCAAGUCUUCAGUCUACGAUCGAUUUGCUGCUCUCGGAACAAAUUUUGCAUCAGUAUUUGAUGUCAGCUUACUAAAAAACCCUUGGUUUGUCUGCUAUUGUCUUUCGUGUGGAUUCAGUAUAAGUUCGAGAAUUUUAUCCGGUCUUUAUCUAGUGCGCUAUGCACAAGCUUUUGGAAUCAACGAUCAAGAUGCAGCGAUGAAAUUGACGGUAUGUGAAGGAAUUUCAUUUGCAAUGACUCCAGUGAUUGGAUUUUUGACAAGCGUGAAGAGAAAAACAAGUCGAAGGGAGGAAAACAAAUUCUUGCAAUGGAUUCGUAGAAUAAUUUCAUCAAUAAGACGAUCGUAUUUACUUGGAAGUUUUCAAAUUUUAAUGGCAAUUGUCAUCGCAUUUUCAACAAUCAUAACACACAAUGAAGGAUUUGUAGCAUAUGCAGCUAUGUUAGGAUUUUGCUAUGGUGGAGUAACUUCUAUGACCAACGUAGUAUUAGCGGACAUGUUCGGGACGAAGCAACUUGCCGGUGCGUUCGGUUACAGGUCACUGGCAUCGGGAAUCAUGUUUCUUGGAAUACCACCGUCGAUCGGUUACUUUAUAGAUAUGACUGGUACAUAUAAAGUGGCACAAUAUUUUACAGGUACAAUGACAUUAUUAGCUGGCAUUUUGACCAUUUUAAGCCAAGCAAUGAUACUUCGGAAUGAGAGGCUCCUUGACAGAAACAAUAAUAAAAAUGAUGACGUAGUUGUCACGUAGCGAGAUAAACACGCACACGAUCAGCUGAAGUAAUACGGCACGAAAUGACGCCAUGUAAUUAUACAAUUCGAUAAAAACAUAUGCGUCGGUUAGUCGUGAUCCUCCAACAAGAAAUCAACUCCGCUACCAAAAGUGAAUGAUGAUAUCACCAUUGCGCUCGCACGAACCAAAUUUUUGUUGGUCUGUAUACUCGUACGUAUUAUUUUUUCAUUUUAUUGUUUUUUGACAAAUUGCGCGAAAAAAUUAAAGGCGCCAAAACUGGUACAUCAAAAUUGUUGGCAAAAUGGCUCAUACGGUACAAUUGUAUGAUCCGAAAUUGUUAUUGAUGGUCGUUGUAUAGUGUUAACACACACGGGCAAUUAUAUUUUAUAAUUUCAUUUCUUUUUCAAAUUUAUAUUAUUUUAACUGUUCAAAUUUGAGAACAUCGAGCGUACUUGUAUUCAAGUGCUAUAUAAACCGCCUGUUUAUAUUCUUAGUUCGUUCGAAAACGUGCUUUAUUCAGAAUGAAAUAAUAUUGCGGAUCUGUCUACUUUUAUUGCUUAAAUUUAUGUCCUAAAUGACGUUUUUUAUUAUUAUUUCUCUGCACUUCCAUCUCAGUACGAUAUUCGUAAACUCGUGCAAUAAAUAAAAUGCACUUUCUUAUGUUUGCAAUGAUAAACGGACCUCAAAAGUGA